AUGAUUAAUACUAUCACUUUUGGUUUAUUGUUACUCAACUUUUUCAAAGUAUUGACAAUUGAAUUUGAAAUAUCAAUUUCUUAAGGUUCCUUAUAUUCACAAAAAAGAAUUGUGAAUACUAUUUCUGCAAAUACGACUUUUAUUGUUAAUUGUUAUCAACAAUUUGCCUAAUAUUGUACCAUUGAAUUAAAUUAAACAUCAAACAAACCAGCUGAAAUAGCUUUACUUUAUUUAGAAGGACAAGCACCAUUUUUAGAUAAUAACAAUGAUUUUAUAUAUGAUGGAAUGGACUAUGACAGGUAUUGCUAAUCAGAACAAUUUUCAUAGUUAUGUAUAAAAAAAGAGAAACCAUUUUAUCUAGAUACCAAGUUCAAAGGGUAAAAUGUAUUUUACUGUAUUGACAAACAUUCCAGUUUCCUUUGACAUUUAUUUGAGAGGAUCAUAAACAAUGUUAUGUCAGAAUAAUUGCAAAGGAAAUGGAAUAUGUAUAGAGGGAGAAUGUAAAUGUGAUUCUGGAUUCAUUUCUAGAGACUGCUCAUUGAGAGCAUUAUAAUUGGAAUAAGAGAAAACAAUAUCUGUGAAUGGAUCUCAUGAUCCUAACUUUUAUUGUUAUUAUGAAUAUAAGGGAUCUUAAGAUUUAUAGUUAGAAAUUUCUGUAAUUUAAAUGAUAUAUUGUAGAUUAAAGAUGAGAAUGAAGCUCAAGUUUAUUUACUUAUACCUGAUUUAGUAUAUUUACCAACAGUUGAUUUCUAUAAUGAUGCAGCUAGAAUUACAAAAAAAACUCCAUUUAAAAGAUAGAUAGAAUAGAGAAAAUCAAAAAUCAAGAAUGAUUAAGAUAAAUAUAUUCCAGAUAAAUUGAUUAUAUUACUUUAAGGUGUUUAAUUUAAAAUUAGAUUGGAGUAGAUUAAUGGUGUAAAUAAGGAAGAAUAAAUGAAAUUAAUUAUAAUUGUUGUUUGUAGUAUAGCAGGUUCUAUUUUACUGUGUUUUUGUAUAUUUUUAAUUAGAAGAAUAAGAUAAAAAAGAUCAAUGGAAAAAUUAACACCUGAAGAUUAUGAAAUGAGAGAGAAAUAAUUUACAUAUGGAGGAUGUUUGAAUAAAAAAGAAGAUGAUUAAUUUGGUACAAUAGAUAAUUAAUUAUAAUCUAAUAAUCUAUAAGAUAAUUGUGCAAUUUGUUUGGAUCCUUUGUCCAAUAAAUAACCAAUUUUAUAAACUAUAUGCAAGUAUAUUUAUGAAUUAUAUUUAUAGACACAUAUAUCAUGUUAAAUGUAUUGAAAAAUGGCUUGAGAAGAAUCAAUUUUGUCCUUUCUGUAGAUUUGAUUUAAAAAUUGAGAAUUUGAAAUAAUAAAGAUAGUAAAUUAUUAAAGUACCAAUAACAAAUCAAGUCAGAAUAGUUAGAAGAAAUAAUUGA